AUGCUGGACGAAGAUAUUGUACUCAUCAAAAGAGAGUCGGACACCAUCCAGCCACUCGGCACUCAAACAGAGGGCACCGACGAGCUCGAAUCUGUCCAGGAUGGCGGAACAAAAGCCUGGAUUAGUAUGGUUGGAGUUUGGAUUGUUCUUUUUGUAACUUUUGGACAGCUAAAGUCAACUUUCAGUUACACUUAUUCAUUUGGAGUGUAUCAAGAUUUUUACACGAGGAUCUUCCUUUCGCACCAUAGUACAAGCAAAAUUGCCUGGAUUGGAAGCUUUCAGCUUAUGAUGCCCUUUGUCUUUGGGGUUGUUUCUGGAAAGCUUUUCGAUGCUGGUUAUUUCCAUGUUCUUGAAAUCACUGGAUCAGCGCUGUUUACUUUUUCGUUGUUCAUGUUAUCCUUGGUAAAGCCGCAGACUUACGCACACGUUUUCCUUUGCCAAGGAUUAGGAGUUGGCCUUGGGCUCGGGCUCACGUUUGUCCCUGCUGUCAGCUUGACCGUCCAUCAUUUCCGUCGUAGAAUGGUCCUUGUGACUGGAAUCGUAAUGAGUGGGAGCUCUAUUGGAGCCGUUAUGUUUCCUAUCAUGCUCAACCUUCAAAUAAAGUCAGUAGGGUUUCCUAAAGCCGUCCGCAACAGUGCAUAUAUUGUUUGCGGAUUGUUGGUGCUGGGAAACUGUUUGAUGAGAACGGCUUACAAAAAGAGUGCCGACAAAGUUCCUCAACUUAACAUUCUCGGCUUUUUCAAAGAUCUGCCGUAUAUUCUGGCCUCCAUUGGUGCUAUGGGAACGAUGUUCGGGUUCUAUUUUCCUCUCAUCUACCUGCAGCUCUAUGCUGUUACUCAUGGCAUUAAUCUCACUUUGUCGUUCUACUCGCUCGCUAUUCUCAACGGUGCAAGUACCCUUGGUCGGCUUGUGGGGAACUAUCUUGCUCACGUUCACGGACCCUUCAACGUCAUUAUCCCAUGUACACUACUCAUUGGUGCAAGUAUAUUCUCGAUCUUUGGAAUCCAUGACUCCAAGUCGCUUGUUAUUGUUAGCAUUUUCUACGGGAUUAUGUCUGGGGCCUGGCUAUCGCUGGCUGUAACCUGUCUCGCUUCUCUUUCUCGCCAUCCAAACGAAGUGGGAGCACGUACUGGACUUGGUUUGGCCAUAGUUAGUUUCGGAACUUUAGGAUCUGCGCCUGUUCAAGGGGCGCUUUUAGGGCCAGAAUUUGAUUGGAAAAAGCCUAUAAUAUUUUCUGCAACCCUCACUACCGUAACAUCCAUCGUCUUCCUCGUGACACGGUACAUCCUUGUACGUGAGCGGGGAACAGAGAAAGUUUAA